AUGGGCAACAUUUGCUCCCGCUCUUCCAACGAGGCAGAUCCAUUCAGUCAACCGGGCCGUGUAGUCGGCACCAACUCAGGGAGUACCGACGCAUCCCGCGCUCCACCUCCAGUCAAGACAAACUGGAAGGCUACACCAGGUCGCACUCUGGGUGAGAGCACUACACAUAGUAGUGCUGCUGGAACGGACGAGGCACGUGCAAAUGCUGCAAUUGCCGCACAGAAACGUGCCGAAGGCGCCUCUGCCAACAAAGGGAAAUUGGGAUCAAGACUAGCCGCACAAAAAGCACAAACUCAAGCGCAGACAUUGGAUCAAGUCAGUCGCACAGAGAGAGCUGCGCGAGAUAUAGAUGGGGCCGAGGCUGCAAGAAGAUGGGAAUAG